AUGGAUGCACGAAGCUCAUGCUACGGACUGGGCCAGAAGCUCGCCAGGACGGCUGACCAGUUGCGCUAUUUUUACAAGCGGGUUGCCGACUGGGAACGCAAUCAAACAGUCACAACAAUUUCGCGCAUCCACGGUCCGCAUUUUACCCGGGAUAUGACUAACGCGGAUAAAUUUGCCUCCGAAUGGUCUACAGUCCUUGGCAAAGUUCAUUGCCAGGAGGAGAGAGUGGACUUGCCAUCAGCCAUUCGCCGUUUUGUCAAUCUACCCACAGACCGGGUCUUGUCUUCUGCCGACAACCGGGCUCUCUUGGCUGAUUUUUCGGAAGCGGAAGUCCUUGCAGCCGUUUCUGGGCUCAGUCGACAUAAGUCUGCGGGACUGGACGGGCUCAACAACGAUUUUUACAAGGAUACGUCUGCACUUCUUGUCCCCGCCCUGGUCCAGCUCAGCAAUCAAAUUUUGGCUGGAGCUGAUCCCCCGCCUUCGUUUCUCGAAGCUUUGAUCAUACCCUUGCGUAAAAAGGGAGACUCGGCGGAUGCGAUGGAUUACAGACCGAUUUCUCUACUCCAAACCAGUUACAAGAUCUUUGCGAAGGUGCUGGCCACACGACUGCAACGCGUAUUACCAAAAGUCAUUGGUGACUCGCAGCAAGGCUUCGUACACGGACGUCAGAUCUCUAAACUAGUGUUGAUGAUGCUCGCUCAACUGGCGACAGCAACAUCGGAUACAACUACAUCCGCCGACGACAGCCGAGUGAUCCUCCUACUGGAUUUCCGCAAGGCUUAUGACACGGUCGAUCGCGAAUUCCUGUAUGAGGCUCUUCGCCAAUUUGGUUUCGCGGAAAGGUAUGUUCAGCUUAUUACUCGACUACAUACUGGUACUACGGCCGCGUUCCUUGUAAAUGGGGAACAGUCUCGUCCCAUCUCCAUCUUUUCCGGUAUUCGGCAAGGCUGUCCACUCGCCCCUUUGCUUUUUCUCGUCGUGGUGGAGAUAUUGGGCGUUGCGGUACAGCAAUCACCAGAUUUGUCUGGGCUUCCUGUCCCUGGACGACAUCCGGCAACGCACAUUUUCUCGGCGUUUGUGGAUGACUCGACGAUCUUUCUCGAGAAGGCCAGUCAGCUGGAGCCAGCGAUAGCUCUUCUCUCUCAAUUUGGGACCCUAUCAGGGCUAGUUGCCCAACCCUCCAAGAGUCAGAUCAUUUGUCUUAAUCGGGCUGUGCACGUAGUUGACAUGCGGGGCAUUCCGAUCCUUCAACAGGCGGACACGGUGCGAUACCUGGGCUAUCAAGUCGGACUGAGACACUUACACAAUUGCAACUGGGUGCUUCGCAUCCGGAAGCUUCAACGGAGGCUAAUGACAGCUUCUAGGGUGGCGACCAGUGUGGCGAAUCGGGUGUUGAUCCUCAACUCCAUCAUUCUCCCGUCUGUUCUGUUCACGGCGGCGGUGUUCGAUAUGCCUGAGUGGGCGCGACUUGCUGUCCACAACCUGGGGGUUGGGUUGGCCUCUUUGGAAGUGGCUAUUAAAACGCAGCGUACCAAGCACGCUUUACAGUGGCUCACACAAGCUCAGGACAAGUAUUUUGGAGCCUGGAGUGCGUGGGCUUAUCAAGACCGGCCGACAAAUUCGAGCCUGGUUCUCCAUUGCAGGACGCAGGCAGCUGGGGCUGCAUCGUGUGUCGGGGCACCGUCCCCAAAUUCAUGGGUACCGGACGUUGACAAGCUUCUACACCCUACGGUAGAGCAAGCCACCAUACUCAGCGAGCGGGUACGAACGUACUACCACCCCGUCCUCCACGGCGCCAGUAGCUGGUGGGAGGUGGAGGAAUGGGUUCUGUCGUAUCAUCACCCUUUCCCGGCUGGGUUACCUGCGCUCGAUCCUCAACAGUGUGCGCUACAUCGCUUUUGGGGGACACUAGGCUGGUGUAAUAACCCGUGGAUCCAGGACGGCAAUGGCCUUCCGUUAAAAUCCGCUACCUACGACCGGAUCGCGAUCUGCCCCAUCUCGGACCUGCACAUUCGGCGAACAGGGCCAACUGAAUUUAUUUAUCGCAUUAAGCCGGUUGGACCCCGAUCUAUUCACCACUCGCAGCCUAAACUCCGUCGGUGGGCGACGGCAAUCUUGCUGGCAUCCCCUACGUUUCCCAUUGGGGGCGAAUUAGCGCUCGAACCUGAGCUGGUUCUUCGCCAUGCACCACCUUUUCGACAUGAAUGGACCUGGGCCUCGGUGCAACAAGGUCGAGUGGUCGGGAGGCGAGAGGGGUACUUGGAAGUCGCUGACCAGCCUGUUGAACUGCAGCAGAGUGCGGAUGGAAUUCGCUGGUUUUUCACCUCUCACCUACCAGAGUUAGCUACUAAUUCGGACGAGGACAGAUCCAUUUGGGACCUACGCCUGCGUCGUCACGGCGUCGUGUUUUACUCCCAUCCCGGGCAUCAUGGCUUUCCUUGGGCCGUCGCCGAGUCGGUCGCGAAUUUAGAUAUACGAAAAGCUAUUUCACGCCUGGCGUUCACGUUUCACAAAAGACUUCUUGCAGUCGCAUUGCGACCGCUGGUGCGGCGUCUGGACGCCGUCUGUGACUUCGAUCAGUGGCAGCGGGCUGCCGCAAACCAAGACCCGGCACACGUUUGGAAGCAUGCCAAUGGCCUUUCCGACCAUCAGGUCUGGACGUGUUAUCGUAUAGCCACCAAGCAACUCAACUUGUACCAUGCCGGCCGUCCGGCGGACAAUAGUUGCCGGGUGUUAUCGGCGUGUCACGGUUGCAAAGAAACGCCGGCUUACAUCUUUUGGGACUGCCCCAAGGCGCGCGCGUGCUGGGGUCAACUCAUUACCCAUUGGACAGGUGAAAGGGCUGGGAGGACGUGGGGAGAGUGUAGGUUCGUCGGGAGUGUGAAUCGUCACGCGCCGGAGAUACCGUCCAAGCAGCGUCUUCGGAUUUACCAUAUGCUCCCGGAGGACUUAGAGGCUGGUGUCGCGGUUUGGAAGCGUCUCUGGUUUAUUAUGAGCAGCAUUUGUCUGUCCCACUUAUGGAAUGAGCGGAACGACGCGGUUUUUCGAGGAGUGCAGUCGACGCCUCUCCACAGCGCCGCGCGUUUUUGGGCGCUGGGAAUUCGACAUCUUACCGCAUUAGCGAAACGCGAACAUCGCGGUCCCGCCACAGCUGUCGCCGGGGCUAUCAUGCAUACCUGUAUCGACCUCUUUAUUCUCGAACCUCGGGAUGGGCCGAUACCUUUAGGUGACAGCCACGACAAGCUACCAGUUCCGGAGCUAUUGUCCUGGCUUAGAAGUUUUCAGACAUCUUUAGCAUAA